AUGGCUGCUCCCGCUGAAAAGACCGUCCUUGACCUCAAUGGCAACUGGAUCAUGCAACCACACGCAAACACGGCUAACAACUCCUCGCGCGGCUUCCAGAACGCCAAGCUGUCUGAUUCCUCCGACGUCGUCCUCAAGGCCCAGGGCGUCAACUGGCUGAUGCGCAAGGUCAUCACCAUGGCCACCGUCACCCUCAUCGUCAGCCAGACAAAGGACGCGGCCGGCAACAUCCUCCUCGACAUUGAGAACAAGCCCAGCGGCGGCAUGCCUGGCGCCGUCGAGAAGCGCGUCCUGAACUGGGAGCCCGUCGAGCUCAAUCACACCCUCUUUGGCAACAUUCGCGGCCGCUCCCGCGUCGCCAAGAUCUCGGACCUCGAGGACGAGUGGCUCAAGGGCGGCUGGGAGGAGGGCACCGAAGAGGUGCUCCACUUCAAGACGGAGCACAUCGACUCCAAGGGUGUCGUCACCCAGCAGGUUCUCGGCUUCGUUAAAGUUGAGGGUGUCCGGUACCAGGCCCGUCGCGUUCUCGUCACCACCGAGGGCUCUGACAAGAACGUCGAGAUCACCAUCAUCUACGACUAUCUUGGCGCCGGCGAGGUCUCCCAGUAA